UUGAGAAAUGUAUUAAUGAUAUGAAAAGAACUAAUAUUGCUUGUAAAAUGUUAAAUGGGUCUAUCUGAAAUGACGAUUGGCUACUAUUCCUAUAAUAUACUAAAAUCCAUCCAUCCAUCCAUUAUGUUGAGUUAAAAUUAAAAGACGAAAUUAUCCAAUGCGCAACACGCAGAUACGCUGCAACUUUCAGUGAGCCAGAACAAAUGCAUUCAUGUGGCGCCCAGGGGAUUCCAUCCACUUGCAGGUGUGCUGUAUUUGACGCGUCGUCGUUCUAUUAACCGUACAAUCCCAUCAGCUUUUCCCGUAGCAUUUCAGCGGUAUCAUUUGCUUCGACGCGAUUGGCGGAGUCGGAUGGAGUUGCUAUUUGUGCAGUCGAUUUGAUGAAGAAACGCACGCACGGAAGGACAUUUCGUUGGCGACCGGCAGCUCAUUGCUGCGUCUGCGAAAGCUGCAGAAGGCUUCCGAAGCGCGUUGGACAUGCAUGAUAUUCAAUUCGGCCAAGGAGACGAGAGAGGCAAAGCUGGACCUUCCUGUUACUUUGUGCAUGCAUCCUUAUCCAGAAAACAGCGUGCGUGAUAAGGAAUAUGAGCCGUGUGAGAUGGAAAGCUGUACUGAAAAUGUCAACGUUUCUGACUUCCGGGACACUAUUUGGCAAAACCGGGAGGAUAAAUUUGAAGACUAUGGUGAAGGGAAGGAUGUGGAUUACUCUCCAAGCAGCCCAAGCCAUGAAAAUUACUCCAAAGCAAAAUGCUUCUCAAAUUUAGGAUCCUCCCUUCCAUCGAGUGCAGGACACACAACUCACAAAAUGCGGCAACUGUAUACCAGUGAACUGCUGGAUAUCAACUGUUCUCAGUGCUGCAAGAAAGUGAAUCUGCUCAAUGAUUUGGAUGCUCGCCUUCGAAACAUCAAGGGAAGCAGCCCCAAUAGAAAUAUAUCCAGCACAGCAUUCGGACACCAGCUGUUCCAGACCAACUACAAUGUCCUUGAUUCGAGUCCGGGGAGCAGCACAGAUAAUUUGUUCACAGAGAGUAUUGACUCCUGUGAUCUCAACAUUACAGAGAAGGUGACUUAUCUUGAGAAGAAGGUGACGGAGCUGGAGAGCGACAGUGUGACGAAUGGGGAACUGAAGUCCAGACUGAAACAGGAAAACACACAACUUGUCCAUCGUGUGCAUGAACUAGAGGAGCAGAUGAAGGAUGUGGAGGCAAGGGCAGAUCAGAGUCUGGAGGAGGAGACUAAGAGGCACUGCGAAGUUUACUGCAAGAUGGAGAAGGAAAGAAACACGGCGAUAGAAUUUCUGUGUAACAGGAUACAGCAGUUAGAGGAAGAGAAUGGAGAAAUGAAGACUAAUGUGCACAGGCUCAAGUCUCACGCAGAGAAACUGGACCAGGAAAAGCAGAAGAAGAUGGACAACUUGGAGGACACAAGCCUGAGGCUAAAAGAUGAGGCGGACCUAUAUCGGAAGAUAGUUGAAAAACUUUGGCAUAACCGCCGUGAGUUUCAUAAGGAAAAGAAUGCUAUGAAAGAGCUAAUUGAUGAUCUCCGCAGAGAACUGGACUAUUUGCAGCUCUUUAGGAUGCAAAUGGAGCAUCCUGGAAAGGGCAAGAGCCUUUCGGAACACAAUACCAAGCCUCGAGAGAUCGAAAUGGAACAGGAUGUGAAAAAAUUGAAACAGGAAAACCAUAAAUUGCGAGAUCAGAAUGAUGACUUAAAUGCUCAGAUUCUAAGUCUGAGUUUGUAUGAGGCCAAGAGCCUGUUUUCCUGCCACUCAAAGGUCCAGUGUCUGGCUGCUGAGAUUGACAACGCGUCAAGGGAUGAGCUAGUUGAUGCUUUGAAAGCAGAGGAGGAGAACAACUUGCGUUUGAGGAAAUACAUGGACAAAAUAAUUUUGGCCAUUCUUGACCAUAACCCCUCAAUCCUAGAAAUCAAAUGUUAAACAACAUACACUAGAACAUCUCAAUAUCUGACCACAGUAUAUUGAUUAAAGAGAUAUAGAGGUACAGAAUGUGUUAACGAAACAAGAGUGGAAAUUAUUACAGUGUUACAAAAAUAUUUUGCAACUUGUCUGUUUUUUCAGCUGAUUUAGAAUAAUUUUGCAUUGCUGAAUUUGAAAAUGACACCAGUUGCUCUUGUUUAGGUCAGAUUUUUAUGCCAAGAUGAUUUUUAAUCUGAUUUUUUUUUUUUACGAAAUUGAUUACACUUUUGUGGCAUUAAUGGGGCAUUUCUGUUCAUAUUUCUCAUCUGAGAGGUUUUUCAGAGGAAAAAAAUCUAUUAAUCAAAUGUUACAAACUUUGCUUAUUGUAAAUUGAACCGUAGACAUUGAUAAAAGUAAGUAACCUUCCAACUGGAAGGACUCGCACAAUCCCCCCCCCCCCCCCACCCCUCCCACACCCCUAGGUUGAGAAACCCGUGAUAUAAAGUGGAAAUACCUGUACAUGUAAAUAAAAACAUUUAAAAAACUAGGCCAUAGUUCAAAACAUUGACCUGAUUGAGCAAAAUGUGAUAUUGUGAUAUUUAGAUUCAGCACAUCAAAAUGCUUCUAUAUCAUCUAAAAAAAAAAAGUGUUGUUGACCAUUGUUAUAUUAAUGUGAUGUGACGGGUGCAAACAAAGUAUUGUUUCAUUCAGACUCUCAAAACGUACUUUAUACUGUACCGUAUAUCAUCAAUGAUGUAGUACAUACUGUUGCAAAGCAAAAUCUUAUCGCUUUUACCGAACACUUAAUAAAAAAAAAAAUAAUUUCUUGCAGUUGAAAAGCAGGAUUAUGAUCCGUUAUCAUUUAUCACUGUUUUAGUGAAACGUGUAUUUUGGGCAAAAUAGGUGUGAGAACAUAAGAAACAACUCCAAUGUUAACCAUUACACACUGGUCGGGUCAAAUUUGACAGCUAUAAAAAUUCUAUAAAAAUACUCUGCUUAUUGCACCCUGAAAUAUUAUGACUUUCCUAAAGCGAUCCAAAAUACACAAAAAUGAAAAUAUUUAAGAAGGGCAUUCUUUGGUUUAAGUGCUACAAAGUUUGUGUUCACUGAGGCUGUUCAGGGUCAAAUUUGACCCAUGUCUACUAAAAUGGAUUUUACAUUGAUCAGUGUGUAUUAAAUCAAAGAAAGUGGUUGUAAUCGUGAGAAUCUUGAAACUGUACAGGCCAUAAAUGUUUUUGGGUUUUUUUUUUUUUAUGGGAGAGUGGAAACUGUUCAAGAGGGAGAUUGAAAACGUCCCGACAAUUGGAGUAUCUCAAAGAGUAAAAGAGUCCAAUUCACGGAUGUGUUGAUUUUUUUAUGGGACUGUAGGGAGGAGGUACAUGGGGGAGUUUGAACCAGUCUAGAGAACUGUCAGUGUUGCCACUGCGUUUGCACAAGUUCCCACAGAAACAGGCACAUGUUGGCUUUUGAAGGGUCAUGGGGAAUCUCAAACCAGUGAUUAAAAUCAACAAAUGUCAUACAGAAAUAGGACUUCACGUUGUUUGCUGUUUUUAUCCAAAGAUGAGUGGUGUAAAACAAAAAAUACACUUUGUUUUCUAUGAACCAGUGAUUGAGGAUUGAUCGUCUAAUUCUCAGAUAGGCUAUUAAUACACUUUGAAAAGAUUUUAGUUCAUAAUUUAAUAUAGAAAAUUAAUAUGAUGAUAUUCAGGGUACGGUUGAGCAUCGUUUGAAUUUGAGCGAUUCCGGUUCCGAUUCUGGUUUCUUAGUUCAAUUCCGGAUCCAAACGAAUCUCGAUUCCAAUUCUUUUAGCGGGCUGGGUUAAAAAAGGUUUGCAUGGUUUAAGUAAAGGGUGUCCAAAUUCUAAACAUCCGUUUUCUUAGCAGCCCGCAGCAUAGACUAAAAUGAACAUUUGACUCGAGGUUCUUUAUAACCAGUAUCAAUAUCAAACUUAUGAACUAAAAGGCAGCGUGUGUGGAACUAACCCAAUUGACUUAAUAUUCAUUAAUGUUUCAGUUCAAAGUUAAAUAUAGCUUUGUUAAAAAUUAUUUGAACUGUUUUAACUGUUUUAUUUCAUUGUUUCACUCACCCAGUUGAUUGAGAGUUGACUUCACUGGUAGCAUUGUUAAAAUAGUUAUUUUGCAGGUGAGAAGCAAAAGAGUUAUUUUAACAAUGCUAUAUAGCUGCAACUGUAUUCUGUUUCAUCACGUCAAAUGGUUUAUAUGUGCAAGUUUAACUUGACUUGUUUUACCGAUGAGGCACAAUGUUAGUGUUUGUGAUACUGUGAGACAACCUUUGUGAAUUUUGUCCCAAUUCAUUGUGAUGUAAAGUUGCUACGGUGAAGUUUUAGAUCAAUGUUAAGCUUUUUUUUUUCUUUUUCUUUUUUUUUUGUCGUCGCCGCUUAUGUUGAUUGGAAGACUAAAAUAAAUGUAAAAACGAUCUAUCCUUCCAUCCAUCCAUUUUCUACCGCUUAUCCGAGGUCGGGGCGCGGGGGUACAAGCUUUAGCAGGGAUGCCCAAACUUCCCUCUCCCCAGCCUCUUCAUCCAGCUCUUCCGGGGGGAUCCCGAGGCGUUCCCAGGCCAGCCGAGAGACAUAGUCUUUCCAGCGUGUCCUGGGUCGUCCGCGGGGUCUCCUCCCGGUGGGACGUGCCCAGAAACACCUCACCAGGGAGGUGUCCGGGAGGCAUCCGAAUCAGAUGCCCCAGCCAAUUCAUCUGGCUCCUCUCAAUGCGGAGGAGCAGCGGCUCUACUCUGAGAUCCUCCCGGAUGACCAAGCUUGUCACCCUAAGGGAGAGCCCGGACAUGUAUCUGGGCUCUUGUUCUUUUGGUCACAACCCACAGCUGGUGACCAUAGAUGAGGGUGGGAACCUAGAUCGACCGGUAAAAUGAGAGCUUUGCCUUUCGGCUUAGCUCCUUCUGCACCACAACGGACCGAUACAAAGUCUGAAUCACUGCAGACACAGAACCCAUCUGCCUGUCGAUCUCCCGUUCCAUUCUUCCCUCACUCGUGAAUAAGACCCCAAGAUACUUGAACUCCUCCACUUUGGGGCAGGAUCUCAUCCCCGACCUGGAGAGGGCACACCACCCUUUUACGACUGAGGACCAUGGUCUCUGAUUUGGAGGUGCUGAUUCUCAUCCCAGCCGCUUCACACUGGACUGCGAACUGCUCCAGUGAGAGUUGGAGAUCAUGGCUUGAUGAAGCCAACAGAACCACAUCAUCUGCAAAAAUCACAGAUGCAAUACUGAGGCCACCAAACCUCACCCCCUCUACAUCCACCCCUGGGGCCUUGCCACUGAGGAGCUUUUUAACCACCUCGGUGACCUCAACCACAGAGAUAGGAGAGCCCGCCUCAGAGACCCCAGACUCUGCUUCCUCAUGGGAAGGCGUGUCGGUGGAAUUGAGGAGGUCUUCGAAAUAUUCUCCCCACCUCCUUACAACGUCCCGAGUCGAGGUCACCAGCGCCCCAUCCCCACUAUACACAGUGUUGAUGGUGCACUGCUUCCCCCUCUUGAGAUGCCGGUGGCGGACCAGAUUUUCCUCGAAGCUGUCUGGCAGUCUUUCUCCAUGGCCUCCCUGAACUCCUCCCAUCCCCGAAUUUUUGCUUCAGCGACCACCAAAACUGUAUUCUGCUUGGCCAGCCGGUACCCAUCAGCUGCUUUAGGAGUCCCAGAGGCCCGAUUGUACUCUUUCUUCAGCUUGUCGGCAUCCCUCACCAUUGGUGUCCACCGACGGGUUUGGGGAUUGCUGCCAAACAGGCACCAACCACCUUAUGGCCACAGCUCCGGUUGGCUGCCUCGGCAAUGGAGGUGUGUAACAUGGUCCAUGCGGACUCAAUUUCCCCUGCCUCCCCUGGAACAUGAGCAAAGUUCCAAUCGGAGGUGGGAGUUGAAACUCCUUCUGACAGGGGAUUCUGCCAGACGUUCCCAGCAGACCCUUACAAUAUGUUUGGGCCUGCCACGUCAGACUGGCAUCUUCCCCCACCAUCGGAGCCAACUCACCACCAGAUGGUGAUCAGUUGACAGCUCCUCCCCUCUCUUCACCCAAGUGGUCAGGAGAUGCGGCCGCAAGUCGAUGACACGACAACAAAUUUGAUCAUUGAACUGCGACCUAUGGUGUCCUGGUGCCAAGUGCACGUGUGACCACCCUUAUGCUUGAACAUGGUGUUUGUUGUGGACAAUCCGUGAUGAACACAGAAGUCCAAUAACAGAACACUGCUUGGGUUCUGAUCGGGGGGGGCUGUUACUCCCAAUCACGCCCUUCCAGGUGGUUGGUGCCUGUUUGUCAUUGCCCACGUGAGCAUUGAAGUCCUCCAGCAGAACAAUGGAGUCCCCAGUGGGAGUGCUCUCCAGCAACCCCUGUAAGAACUCCAAAAAGGGUUAAAACCAAGCAAAAUCAACGCUAAAAACCAUCAGUGCAAAAAUGCAAGCCACUGUUUACCUUGUUAGCUGCCUCAGUGUUGGCAUACACGUAUACGUAUUUUAUUGUUUCAGUCACCCAAUUGACUGAGAGUUGACUUCACUGAAGCUCCGUGUGGUGUAGGCUGAGGGUCGGAGCGCAUCAGAUGCUACACAUCGUGAAAGCCUCCUUUGCACAAUGUAAUGUUAUUCCAAGUGUUGCACUGAGGUGACUGGUCAUUUAUUUUCAGAAAGUUAAGACACACUUUUGUUUGUGGCCACUGCCGUUGGGCACAAGCAUGUCAUUGUGCGCGUUGUUCUUCAUUGGUUUGCGCUGCUUCUUUGUUGCUCUUUGCCACUUCUUUGCGGCUGGAGGACUAGGGAUCGAAACUGGGAACUGAAAUGUUUACAUUUGAACGGUUCUGGGAGAACAGGAACGUUAGUCCCGGUUCCAAUUGAUUCUCGAUGCCCAAUCAUAAUUCAGGGUCUGGGUCAAUAUAGUACUGUGUGCCUGUAAAAUUGACAGUAUAUAAGGGUUAAAGAAGUCUGUUGGUUAUGUGUUAUAAUGUAUUUAAUUUCAUGUCCAACAUAUUCCUUCAUUUGAUGGUUUUUGUAUGUACUUCAAAUGGGUUUGAAGUUUCUAUAUUCUAACACUGUUGUAAAUAUUUUUGAAGUAGUGUUAGCCUGUCUUCAACACCAUUUUUGUAUACUGCAUGUUUGUGAUUAAUGUGAUGAUAAACAUGAAUGUGGAAGAACACUAAA